UAAUGAUCCGCUCUCGACUGUAGGUGAGUGAGAGGAAAAGGAAGUGAAGAAGUGAACUUUGUUUGGUCGAAGAUGUUGGUUAGGAAAUGACAGCUGUGCUGUCUGGUGUUGCCAGGCGGUGACUGUCUGCCGGAUGCCGUCAUCAUGAAGCUGAGCAGCAGCUUCUUCCUCCUGCUUGUUUCCUUCUCUCUGUCCCAGGCUCAAGGCUUCUUCGGCUCCUCCUCAGACGACGAGGGCCUCCCUGAACACUGGGUGCUGCUCCACGUGGUCCAGGGCCACAUCGGGGCGGGGAACUACAGCUACCUGCGCCUCAACCACGAUGGCAGAAUCAUCCUCCACAUGCAGAGCCUCAAGGGGGACGCGGACCUCUACGUUUCGGACAAAACGCUGCGCCCCAGCUACGACACGUACAAGCUGCAGUCGGUCACCUGUGGGCCCGACGUGGUGGUGGUGCCGGGGGACCUCUCCAGGCCCGUGGGCAUCGGGAUCUACGGACACCCGAGCCACAAGGAGAGCGAGUUUGAAAUGCGUGUGUUUUACGAUCAAACGGUUCCCUUGGAUCCGUUCGAUAAGGGCUCUUACACCGCGGAGAACGGACAAAAGAAACAGAAAUCCCCUGAGGCCGAGGAGGAGGAGGAGGACGACGACGACUUUGUGGAAGAGGAGUCGAUCUUUUGGACAAUUCUAAUCGGACUUCUGAAGAUUAUACUGGAGAUUUUGUUUUGAGAAAUAGUUUCCUUCAGUGCUGCUUUUACACGAGGAGACUCAGAUUUUUGUUUUGGCUUGAGUCGACCUUUGAUAAGAUUAUUUUCUUAAGAUGAAAACACGUCCGUGAGAAUUCGUUUUAAUUACUUUACUUGAAAUCAAACGUACUUACUUGAUUAGCAGUGAGACCAGUUUAAAGUCUGUAUGCUUGGUGGUAAGCAGAGUAACUCGGGCCUGUCGGAUUCACCACAUCUUGUCUUAACUCGUCAUAGCAACACCUCAAAGGAUGAGAAUGCUUUUUAAAUGUUAGGUACACUAAUCUUCUUUGGGAUAAAUGUUAGAUCCUCUAUUGGACAUAAAAAAGGUCCUGAAAGUGAUUGAAGGUAAAGAAGCCGUCAUGAUUUACUGUUAACGUGAUUAUUUCCUUAAUUUAGACUCUAAUGGGAACCUGUGAAGAUAUUUCUACCAACCUGUUGACAUCAGUAGCAGCAUUUCAUUUAGUUCUAAUCACUCGAUUUUAUUUUUGAUUAUUUGUUCCCCGCCUGUUGGACAAGCUCCUGGUUUUUUAAACAUCUCCUCCUGCGGUUCGGAGUUAGCGGUAAACGUGCUACCACUGAGCAGAAAUGUUCAACAGUGCCUUCACGAGGAACGUCUUCUGCAGAGACGAUUCAAUCAGGUUUCUAAAUAAAGCAGUUUUACUUCUGACUGUUAAAACA